AUGGCAAUGAGUAAGCGACAUAUCUGGGCAUUAGCAAUCAUAGUUUUGUCGAUCCUUGGUAACAGCAUACAAGUGCACGGGUUUAACUGCUCUGAAGUGAUUGUUGGUGAUUUUAAGUUUGACCUCCACCAAAUUGACAAUGAAUAUAGUGUAAACUCUACUCAUCCAGCUGAUCCGUCAGAAAAAAUCAAAGAAUUCCAUAUCAAUCCAUGUAGUCCACUAAAAUACAACGAUACCGCUGAUGCAAAGGCUCAAUGCCCGAAUGGUACUUAUGUGUGUGAAUAUGUGAAGUAUAAGUUAUAUACAAACGAAACGGUGCUGGUCAGAGUGAAGCCAAUUGCCGGAGACUAUCCAGAGGAGAAGAGAUCUGUAGAUCCACUAGUGACAUUGGGCCCAAUGGCGAGUAACGAGGAUAGGCCUUCUUCCUUUGACUUGACCUUGCAUGGUGGAAAAGUACACGACGAUGAUUACAAAGCGAAUAUAACGUUCUACUGCGACGAAAAAGAUGAAGACCCAAAAGUAAACGGCUUCGAGCAUCAUACGCUCCAAGUCGAGUGGCAUUCAUCUCAUGCAUGUGGCAUUAGAAUAUCUCAACCCGAUAGUGAAGGGAGAAGUUGGUUUAGCAAGUUUCUGAUUUUCAUCUUCGCCGUUGGAUCGGCUUAUCUGUUUGUCGGAAUAGCGUACAAUCGGCAUGUAUACAAUGCGCAAGGGUGGGAUCUGAUUCCGCAUAGGGAUUUCUGGCGGGAGGUUCCAUACAUUGCUAAGGAGUUUAUGGGCUAUGUAUUAAAUUCUCUGCGAAAAGGUGGCCGACCCGGUUAUCACCAUGUGUAA